AGUGGGCAGCCAUCUUGGAUCCAGCUAUCAAGGCUACGUUACUUUAGAGAUGGGAGGAAUCGAAUCGACAGCGGGUGUUUCAGUGAGGCAUCACUCUUGAAAACCAGGACAGUGCGGGUCGGAAGCCGAAAACUAAGCGGACACAAACCCACGCUGAAAAACAACGAACUGGCAACAGCAUAUAAGACCGGUUUUACUUGAAUCCCCUCCCCUUUCCCUUGUCUGGAUGCAGUGCAGUUGAUGAGGGCCUAUUUAGCUAGUGUUUGUGUGUUCUGUUCACUUUUCACUGCAAAAGGCCAGAGGGAUUCCGAAAUCUAAUUGAGACCGCACUGAGGAUAUGUUUUUCGGGUGGCGAACUUUGCAUGAAGAAAAUAUUUUGUUUUAUUUUUGUUUGUAUUUAGUAUAAAAAGACACCCUUCAUAUUCAGUUGAUUCGCUAUUUUGUAGAGCGAUGUAGUACAAUAUGUUUCCGAAUUAGUCAGUGUCCGGUAUCCUCAGACUCAAGUUUGUUGGAAGUUGGCUUUGGACGGUCUUCGAUUUUUUUCCUCUCAUCGAAUCGAUGAUCAUCACCAGAAGUAAGCAGAUAACUGUCUGCCUUUCACCCCUCUGACCAAGGUGCUGCAAACUCAACACGAUAUCAGAAACAUCCAGGCAAACUACACCCCAAUGAAAAACAUGUCAACAAGAACACCCCUACCUACAGUGAAUGAACGGGAUACUGAAAAUCACACCUCGCACAGCGAUGGACGCACAGAGAUCACCACGCGCUCCAGCCGUUCGGGGGCUCGCUGCCGAAACUCCAUUGCCUCCGGUGCCGACGAGCAGCCCCACAUCGGCAACUACCGGCUGCUCCGGACCAUCGGCAAGGGCAAUUUUGCCAAGGUCAAGCUGGCCCGCCACAUCCUCACGGGCAGAGAGGUUGCUAUAAAAAUCAUCGAUAAGACCCAGCUGAAUCCUACUAGCCUUCAAAAGCUUUUCAGGGAAGUAAGAAUAAUGAAAAUCUUAAACCAUCCAAAUAUUGUGAAGCUGUUUGAGGUCAUUGAGACCGAGAAGACGCUGUACCUGGUAAUGGAGUAUGCCAGUGGAGGAGAGGUCUUCGACUACCUCGUAGCACACGGAAGAAUGAAGGAAAAGGAGGCCAGGGCUAAAUUUAGACAGAUUGUGUCUGCAGUGCAGUAUUGCCAUCAAAAGCACAUAGUUCACAGAGAUCUGAAGGCAGAGAACCUGCUCCUGGACGCGGACAUGAACAUUAAGAUCGCCGACUUCGGCUUCAGCAACGAGUUCACGAUGGGGAACAAGCUGGACACGUUCUGCGGGAGCCCGCCCUACGCCGCCCCCGAGCUCUUCCAGGGCAAGAAGUACGACGGGCCCGAGGUGGACGUGUGGAGCCUGGGCGUCAUCCUCUACACGCUGGUCAGCGGCUCGCUGCCCUUCGACGGACAGAACCUCAAGGAGCUGCGGGAGAGGGUACUGAGGGGAAAGUACAGGAUCCCCUUUUACAUGUCCACAGAUUGCGAGAAUCUCCUCAAGCGCUUCCUGGUGCUGAAUCCAGCCAAACGGGGAACACUUGAGGUGAGAGAAGACGGCGAAAAUCAAAUAAUGAAGGACCGCUGGAUCAACGCAGGCUGCGAGGACGAUGAGCUCAAGCCCUUUGUAGAACCAGAACUGGACAUAUCGGACCAGAAGAGAAUAGACAUAAUGGUGGGCAUGGGCUACUCCCGGGAGGGCAUCCAGGAGUCCCUGGCGCGAAUGAAGUACGAUGAGAUCACCGCCACCUACCUGCUGCUGGGGAGGAAGUCCUCUGAGCUGGAAGCCAAUGACUCGAGCUCCACCAGUAACCUCUCGCUGGCCAAAGUCCGGCCGAACAGCGAGCUGAACAACGGCCAGUCUCCGUCUCACCUCAAGGUCCAGCGGAGCAUCUCCUCCGGCCAGAAGCAGCGGCGUUACAGCGACCAGGCUGGCCCAUCCAUUCCCUCAGGGGUGGGUUACCCCAAGAGGAGCCAGACCAGUACAGCCGACAACGACCUCAAAGAGGAGGGCGGGGUUCAGCCGCGCAAGUCCAGCACGGUCGGGGGGCGUGGCGUGCCUCCCACCAGCCCCAUGCUGGGCAACGCCAGCAACCCCAACAAGGCUGACAUUCCGGACCGCAAGAAGGGCUCGACCGCUCCCAGCAAUAACUCGGUGUCUGGAGGGAUGACCAGGAGGAACACGUAUGUGUGCAGCGAGAGGAACGCCACAGACCGCCUCACUGUCAUUCAGAAUGGAAAGGAGAACAGCACGGCGGGGACGGCCGGCCAGCGGAACCCGGUGGCGUCCACCCACAGCAUCAGCAGCGCCACCACGCCCGACCGGCUCCGCUUCCCGCGCGGCACGGCCAGCCGCAGCACCUUCCACGGCGGCCAGCUGCGGGAGCGCCGCACCGCCACCUACAACGGCCCGCCCGCCUCGCCCACCCUCUCGCACGACGCCACGCCCCUCUCGCAGACCCGAAGCCGCGGCUCCUCCAACCUCUUCAGCAAGCUCACCUCCAAGCUGACGCGCAGGGUCACUAUUGACCCAACCAAACGACAGACCGCCAACAAAUCGGGGCCUGCCAACCCCCCUGCCCCUGGAGCAAAGACUCUUAAAUCCAUCUUUUCUUGCAGAUUCAGGAGCGGAAGAUAUAGAAAGUUGUAGAAAAUCGGAGAUGGAGAAAUAGAGUAAGGUGCUAGGGCUUUGUGGUUCCCCCUGCUGUUUUGCAGAGAGACUGACCCCAUGGACAGACAGACAGACAGACAGACGGACAGACAAACGCGGGCACACACGAGACAUGAACGCAUAGGCACAGUGACCGUGACCCUUGCCUGCCCCAACUCUGCCUGCACUCAUACAACCAGAAGCCCCCGCCCUCCCCCGGGCCCCCUGUCACAAAUGGGGUCCUGGUGCAUCACCCCCAUAUCCUGUAUCCCUAUUCAUCCAGCUGGUUGACUUGAGAAUGUAGCGCAAGUCGCCAGCCUCUUCAGGAGCCCUUGGCAUCUCUGUGUCAGGUGCUGGGCCUUGGACAGAUGGAGGGUAGAUUCCCCUCCAUGAUGUGUUGAAUGCCGGCCCUGGUACUGAUUUUCAAGGCUCUCUUUCCCAUGAGAGCUGUGGCCAGGUCGGACAGGGAUGCGAGGUGGAAGGUUGAACAUCUGCCCAUCGUGCCCCACAGUCGCCGCUGAAAACCGCCACCGUUUCCCUCACAGUCCAGGUGGAAGCUUGACCUUUCGCGGGCUUCCCCAGCUCUGGUAGCGAACCACAUCACGGACUGUGAGCCUCAGAAAUAGAUUUUAGCAUGAUUAACCUCAGGCCUGAAGCAUCUGCUUCUGCACCUUCUGUGGUCUGACUGGUUCCUAUGACACUCGAGUCAUCAGCAUGAUAUACCAGCCAGCUGCCUUCUCAUUUUGAGCUGCUGCAGAAUUCACGUAAUGCAAGCACUUGGAGCGACUGCUCUCUCCUCUUUCCCAUUCCACACCAGUCUGUUUCUGUUUCUCUCCAGGACCAGAAGAGGUGGACAUUAGACCCUGCUUAAGUCAGACACCUUUUUGCAUUCUGCUUCUUUGCAAGCCUGUUAAUUUUCCGCACAGGAGUUUUCUGUGCUGUGCCUUGAAACGGCAAGUGCUGCUGCUGGUUAUGAUCGUUAAUGCAGUUUGCCUGGAAAAAACAGUUUUCCACAUUGUUUCAGUGCCGGUCAAAUGAAAUGUGAAUACUGUAGAUGGUCCCAUUAGCAAGUCGAGUCGAGACACCACCAGGCUCUUGCUAUAGAACCUCUUACCUUUCCGAAAGCCUCAGCCUGACUGACACCAGUCUGCAGUGUCUCCUUGUUUCCACCAUAUCUGGUCUUCAGCCUACCAGGCUGACCCCAGAGUUCUGCCUUGUAUCUUCAUGCCCCGCCCAAUGAGCACCAGCAUUGCUCCCCCACCCCCUCUGUUUGAGCCUCUGACACCCCCUUACUCGAUUAGUGCGGACUGCAUGAGCCCCCGGACCUUCUGGUGUCAAGUGUUGUAUCUGCAUGCCAGUGACCGUGUGUGUUUGAAUUCUUUCUUUGUGAAAGCGUACGUGUCUGUAAAUCUGGUGUGUGCACACACAGACGCAUGCACACACACACUCGCGUGUCGGCACGCCACUGUCUGGCCCCUCCAGCCUUCACAGAGUGUGCCCUUUCUGGUCUUUGCUCACACACUCGUUGUUUUCUGUUGAUUUUUUUGGUUAAAGAAGCAAGAAAGUGACUGCCAGCAAGACAAGUGCUACUGUUUUUUAGUCUGCAGUCUGCAUGUGGAAAUUAAAGCCAGGAAGUUCAAGCGAGACAUUUUCUCUGUGCUAGCGUAAUUCAGGAUGUUGUAUUUAUUCUGCCGCUCAUCAACAUUUCUUGUUUCCUCUGUUUUAAUUUAAAUGCAUGCCUGAUUUUUAGAGCUGUGCUGAACUUUCCACUAUAUCACAGCCAAUGUGGGCCAUAAUGGGGGUGAUGGUGAGCUCCUAAAUACUGGCUGAUGGCUUUCUUGGUUUUAUAACUGUAUAUGUGUAUAUGCUGUCAUCUCUCUCUCUUCUCUCCCUCUCUUAUUGUUGUAUCUAUUCUGAGUUAAUAGUGUCAAAUGUUUUUAUUUUUCUGCUUUUAAUGGAAUAAAAGAUCUGUGUGUUUCUCUUUUGCCUCCCCCGGCCCUCUCCUUGGUGGUUCUGUC